UUUUUUAAAAAAAAACAAAAGCCCAUCCCUAAAAACCCAGCAAAAUCUCUCUCGCUCUCUCUCUGCCUCCUCCUCCUUCAAUCUUCACCUAGACAGUGUCGACAGCAGUUCCCCAUUCGUGAAAAAUCAAGCGAUUCUCUCUCAAUUUGUUUCUUACUGGGUUACGUAACUUCGUGGGACGAUUUCCUGGAGCGAUCCGUGCUGCCGAUUCCAAUUCUGUACGUUGGUCUCUCUGCUUUCUUUCCCCCUCAAAAUGGCAACACCACCUGUACUACCGCAACCCCCAACCAACUUCGAAGCAAAUCCUCCUCCAAUGGGGCCAACACCGCCGCAGCAGCCACCAGGAACAGACAUGACAGGGAUAUGCUUUAGGGACCAGCUUUGGCUAAACACAUAUCCUCUUGAUCGAAACUUAGUCUUUGAUUACUUUGCUUUGUCCCCUUUCUAUGAUUGGACUUGUAAUAACGAGCAGCUUCGGUCUCAAUCCAUUCACCCCCUUGAUCUCUCCCACUUAUUGAAGAUGACAGGCACUGAGUAUAUGCUGAGUGAAGUGAUGGAGCCACAUUUGUUUGUUUUCCGAAAACAGAAGAGGGAUAGUGCAGAGAAAGUUACCCCAAUGCUGACUUAUUAUGUGUUGGAUGGGUCCAUAUACCAAGCACCACAACUUUGCAGUGUGUUUGCAGCUCGAGUUGGACGGGCUUUGUAUUAUAUAUCAAAGGCUUUUGGUACUGCUGCGUCAAAGCUGGAGAAGAUUGGAUAUGUUGAUUCUGAAAAUGAGGGCGCUGCUUCUGAAUCAAAGACUGGUAAAGAAGUAAUUGACUUCAAAGAAGUUAAGCGAAUAGAUCAUAUUCUUGCCUCCUUACAGCGCAAGUUACCACCAGCCCCUCCACCACCAUCUUUUCCUGAAGGCUAUGUACCCCAAUCAACUACAGAAGAAGAGAAAGGCCCCGAAACCCAACAAGGAGGAGAGCCACAACUUCCUCCUGUUGAUCCGAUCAUUGAUCAAGGUCCUGCCAAAAGAAUGAAAUUCUGAAAGUGAUCUUUUCUUUAUUUCAGCAGAUAAUCAAGAAAUGUAGAGAGCAGAAGCCAUCAUGUCGAAGAUGAUAGGAGAUGUCUUCAGUGGAAGAAGCUUUCCAAUCGUCUUUAUGCCUUUUAAUCCGAUCUGACGUGCCAUUUGGAUCGUAAGUUACUGUUUAACAAGAUAAAUAAUACUAAUUUAUGUAAUUUGAGUAUACUGUUUAAAUUCAAACCAGUUUCCUUCGCUAUACAUAAUAAAACUAAGGUUUCCUCAA